AUGGAUUUCCUAUUAUGCGUCUGCCUCCUCCAACUGCUGUUCUUGCGCUCUUCUCCGGUGGCGGCGCAGCAGCCGACGCCGUCGCCGGCUAGGGCCCUGGACGCAAUGCUGCAGGAGUACGCGUACCGGGCCCUCGUCCGGCCGCGCACCGGCAUCGUCUACAAUGCCACCGUCCCCGGCAACCUCACCGGCGUCUCGGUGUCCGCGCUCCGCCUGCGCAGCGGCAGCCUCCGGAGGAAAGGUUUGUCCCAGUACUUUCAGUUCGGCCUGCCCACCGGCGUCAUUGCGCAGCCGCGCGUGGAGAGGAUGCUGCUCGUGUACCACAACCUGGGCAAUUGGUCGCAGCACUACUACCCGCCUCCCCCCGGCUACACCUACCUCUCGCCGGUGCUUGGACUGCUAGCCUAUGAUGCUGCCAACCUUUCGGCAGUGGGGUUGCCGGAGCUGAACAUCGUCGCGUCAGGAAGCCCGAUUCUUGUACAUUUCAGCAAUGUCAGGGCGGCGCCGGCAGGCCGCCCAGCACCACGGUCACGGUGUGUGUGGUUCGACUUGGAUGGUGUGCCGCAGUUCCGGGACCAAGAGGCAAGCAACGUGUGUGCUACGUAUCGCCAAGGGCACUUCUCGAUAGUGGUGAACUCCAGUGAGGUUGCUCCUGCUCCAUUGCCACCAGGCGCAAUUGCCCCGCCGAUACCGGCUGCCGGAGGUCCUACCAAGGGGGGCUCGCAAGCUUGGAAGGUUGCCGUUGGCGUGGUUGGGGGCGCCAUAGCAUUGGGGCUGUUAUCUUCAGCUCUUCUGUGUCUGGUGAGGCAUAAAAGGGCCAAGAAGUUGGAGGUGAUGGAGCGGAAUUCAGAGGUUGGGGAGACAUUGCGCAUGGCGCAGGUUGGGCGGGCGCAAGCACCUGUAGCGCUGUGGACACGAACAAAACCGGUGAUCGAGAGCGAGUAUGCUGCAUAG